AUGGACGCCUCAGCGGCGCAGAAGCGAUGGGAGUUGGAAAAUGAUGUCCAGGAGGUAGAGAACGUCGACCAGCUGUUCAAGUACGACCCGCGCGAGCAGCGCCACGUCCAGCAGCUGCAGCCCUGGAAACAGAACCCCCACUACUUCACGAAAGUCAAGGUCUCCGCGCUCGCCCUGCUCAAAAUGGCCAUGCACGCCAAGUCCGGAGGCCGCCUCGAGGUCAUGGGCGUGCUCCAGGGCAAGGUCGCGGGCGACACCUUCGUCGUGCUCGACACCUUCCCUCUGCCAGUCGAGGGCACCGAGACGCGCGUCAACGCGCAGCAGGAGGCGUACGAGUACAUGGUGGGCUUCAAGGAGUCCUCGGAGCGCGUGGGGCGGCGCGAGCAGGUCGUCGGGUGGUACCACAGCCACCCGGGGUACGGGUGUUGGCUGUCGGGCAUCGACGUGAGCACGCAGCUGGAGCAGCAGGAGUACCAGGACCCGUUCCUGGCCAUCGUGGUGGACCCCGUGAUGACGUCCGCGGCGGGAAAGGUCGAGAUAGGGGCGUUCCGGACGUACCCGAAGGGCUACACGCCCCCCGACGAGCCUCAGUCGGAGUACCAGUCCAUUCCCCUGAGCAAGAUCGAGGACUUCGGCGUCCACGCCAAGCAUUACUACCCCCUGGAGGUGUCCUUCUUCAAGUCCCCCCUCGACAAGCACAUGCUCGAGGUGCUCUGGGGCAAGCACUGGGUGUCGACGCUCACCGCGAGCCCCGUGCUGGGCGCGGGCGGCGCGUCGAGCUUCGUCACGGCGCAGAUCCGCGACGCGGCGCAGAAGGUGGAGCUGGCAGAGCAGGCCGCGGGGUCGCGCGGCGGCGUCGUGGGGCGCGGGAAGGACGGCAUGCUCGACAGGGCGGUCAAGGACGCCCGCAAGAUUGCGAUCGAGUUCAGCAAGGCACAGAAGACGCAGGAGAUCCGGCAACAGCUGUUCGGCAGCCUCCAGCCCUGCUCCGCGGGCCCCCAGGCCACGUCCUGA